AUGACCGGAGGUGGAACUAACAUGGCGUACCACGGUCUCAGUCAACAUGUCAAUUUCGAGGUAAUACCGGAUCCAGGCGAGCGUUUUCGAUUGGAGGAAUUGAUUGGGGAAGGUACAUACGGCGAAGUGUACGCUGCUUACGAUAAAGAAACCGGUAACAAAGUAGCCAUCAAAAUACUUGAGAAUGUUGCUGACAACAUCGAGGAGAUUGAAGAAGAAUAUCUAGUGCUAAGAGAUUUAAGUCAACAUCCGAAUAUUCCGUUCUUUUAUGGUUUAUUUCUAAAACGAGCGAAGCCUGGUCAGGAAGAAGAUCAAUUAUGGUUCGUGAUGGAGUUGUGCACUGGAGGCUCCGUGACCGAUCUCGUGCAGGGUCUUAAAAAACGUGGCAGUCGCCUAACGGACAAUCAAAUAGCUUAUAUCUUGAAGGAGACCGUCGAAGCCCUGAUCUUUCUGCACAGUAAUCAUUGUAUGCAUCGUGACGUGAAAGGUCACAACAUCCUCCUUACGGAAGAAGCGCGCGUCAAAUUGGUUGAUUUCGGCGUAUCCUCGCAUCUGGCCGCGACUCUCGCCAGGAAAAACACAUCUGUCGGAACACCAUAUUGGAUGGCGCCGGAGGUGAUAGCCUGCGAGCAGCAAUUGGACUCCUCGUACGAUUCGCGCUGCGAUGUCUGGUCGAUCGGCAUCACCGCUAUAGAGCUGGCCGAAGGCGAUCCCCCGCUGUCGGAAUUGCACCCCAUGCGAGCACUCUUUCAAAUUCCAAGAAAUCCUCCCCCGUCCUUGAAGAAUCCGGAUUCAUAUUCAUCGGAACUGACGGAUUUCAUAGCCGAAUGCCUGGUGAAGGAUUUGGAGCACCGGCCGUUCGCCAGCGAACUACGAGGGCAUCCAUUAUUGACGAAGAUGGAGCCGAUCGUAGGGAAAAUCCGACAGCAAUUGAGAGAGGAAAUUCGUAGACAGAGAACUGAAGGUCGCGUUCAUCGGCAACCGGAAGUGACUACGAAACACGGGAAAUUGAAGACAGACCGCAAGACGAGGCCAGAGAAGAUGUACAUGGACGAUUUGGCGGCUCUCGACAUGCUAUCGGAAGAAGCUAUUGUCGAUCAGUUGCAACACCGAUACGAACAGGCACAGAUAUACACGUAUAUUGGUGACAUAUUGGUUGCCGUUAAUCCUUUCACUAAUCUGGGUUUAUAUACCGGUAUCGAGCAAAAACGAUACAAGGGUCAAGCGAGAUCGGACAAUCCCCCGCACAUAUUCGCGGUCGCCGAUGCCGCGUAUCAAGCUCUACUUCAUCAACGUCAAAAUCAGGCGAUAGUCAUCAGCGGCGAAUCGGGUGCUGGUAAGACGGAAAGUGCGAAUUUACUACUGAAACAGCUCGUCUAUCUCAGCAAGGCGCCGAAUCGCAACCUCGAGGAGAGAAUACUGCAAAUAAAUCCUAUAAUGGAGGCUUUCGGAAACGCCACAACCGGCAUUAACGCGAACUCUUCCAGGUUUGGAAAGUACCUGGAUCUAACGAUGACAAAAGGCGGAAAAGUUACCGGUGCGCGAAUCUCCGUAUAUUUGCUGGAACAAUCACGAGUGAUUGCUCAGGCCGAGGGUGAGCGAAACUUUCACAUUUUCUAUUAUAUGUACGAUGGCUUAGAGACAGACAACCGUCUCUCGGAAUAUUACCUCGACCCUACGCUUCGGAGAUAUCAUCGAUAUCUCACGCAUUACAGUCACACAUCGCAGACGCACAUUGACAAGUUCCAGCAGCUCAAAAUGGGUUUCAAGGUACUCGGAUUUCAGGAUAACGAGGUAGACACGGUAUAUCGGGUUUUAGCCGCUAUUCUCCAUCUGGGUGACAUUGAAUUCGCCGAAGUGGCAACGCAAGACAACACCGACAAUAAAAGUAGAGUCGUCGACACUAUUCCAUUACAUAGAGUUUCGAAACUACUCGGUGUCGAACAAAACGAUCUCUUAGAGGCCCUGACAUCAAACUCGGUGAUGACCAGAGGCGAGACAAUUACGCGGAACAAUACGGUAGCCGAGGCUCGUGCGGCCCGCGAUGCAAUGGCCAAGGGUCUCUAUGGCCGGCUCUUCGAUUGGAUGGUCAACCAGAUCAAUUGUUUGCUGUGCUUCAGCCGCUCGCCGAAUUACGAGCCGCUGGCAAUCGGACUGCUCGACAUCUUCGGCUUCGAGAACUUUCCCAGGAACUCGUUCGAACAGCUUUGCAUCAACAUAGCUAACGAACAGAUACAAUACUACUUCAACCAGCACAUCUUCACCUGGGAGCAACAGGAAUACAUGGCCGAGGGAAUACCUGUGGAUCUCGUCGAGUUUUCCGACAACAGACCGGUUCUCGAUAUGUUAUUGAGCAAGCCCAUGGGACUCCUGGCGCUUCUCGAUGAGGAGAGUCGAUUUCCCAGAGCGACCAAUCGAUCUCUGAUCGAGAAAUUCCACAACAACAUUAAAUCAAAGUUCUACGUGCGCCCCAAAUCGGACGCGGUCUGUUUCGCGAUACAUCAUUUCGCCGGCCGUGUGGUCUAUCAAGCCGAAGGAUUCCUUGAGAAGAACAGAAACUUCCUGCCUCCCGAAGUCAUUCAACUAGUACGACAGUCGCAAUACGACAUGGUUCGUUUCCUGUUCCAAUGCCCGAUCACGAAAACCGGUAACUUAUACUCGGCGCUGCAGGAAAGCGACUCAAGGAAAUCACAGUCGAACCAGAACACAAAGGAACGUUAUUCUAGUCGAGGUUUAGCAUCACAAUCGAGAGCUCAGCAGACAGUAGCAACAUACUUCCGGUAUUCUCUAAUGGAUCUAUUACAAAAAAUGGUGUCCGGUUCGCCACAGUUCGUCCGAUGCAUAAAACCAAACGAUUCGAGAAGUCGUACCUUCGACAAGGACAAAGUUGUAAAGCAGUUGAGGUACACCGGUGUUCUCGAGACGAUACGUAUAAGACAAAACGGAUUUUCUCAUAGGAUACCGUUCAACGAAUUCCUUAAAAGGUAUUGCUUCCUUGCUUUCGGCUAUGAUGAACGUGUAAUUGCCAAUCGGGACAAUUGCCGGCUUCUUCUAUUACGAUUAAAAAUGGAUGGAUGGGCGUUAGGCAAGACGAAAGUUUUUCUGAAAUACUACCACGUCGAAUUUCUCUCGAAAUUGUAUGAAGAACAGUUAAAGAAAAUCAUCAUAGUCCAAGCAUGUGUUCGACGAUGGCUCGCGAAAAUGAAAUUUAAGAAGCAGAAAUGGCAAUACGCCGUAUCAGUGGUCACGCUACAACGUCAUAUUCGAGGAUGGUUAUCUCGAAAGCACACAGAAGUGAUAUUGGCUCAAAAACGUGCGAAACAGGAAAAUGAAACGCUCGAGUUUAUGAAUGAGGCAAAACGUAAAGCGCAAGAAAAUACGGAGAUUAUAAAUAAUCACGAGAAACAACAAGUGCGUAAAAACCUAGAAAAAAAUAACGCUGCGAUUGUAAUACAAAGCCAUUUCCGAGGUUACACUAUCCGUAAACGAUUUGGAUACGAGCUGGAGGAACGUUUUAAAAGGAUUUUAAACAAUUUUGACAACAUAUAUGAUGGCCAUAAAGCGCUGUUACGCGAGGGGCUGAAGCACGAAGAUGCAGCUCUUAUCGUUCAAAGAUGGUACAAGAAAGAAGAAAAACUAGUCAGGAAGAAACCAGUCGUGAAAGAUCCUAUACAUCCCAAGCUACGUCAAGCAGAUUUAAUUCAAUUUUCCCAAAAUGUACAUAUGAAAAAUCAAGAGAUACACAAAAAUCUCCGUCGCAACAAACCUGGCAUCAGAUUAAGUGAUAUUGAAGAACCACCGCUCGAUUACAUUCGUCCUGAAGGAUUUAAUAUGGUGCAGGAUUUAAUAUUACAACACCGCAGCGGAACGCAACUGCACGAGGAAGACAGUGUCAAGUAUUAUCGGGAUUUGAAGGAAGAGAUGAGCAGUGGUUCGGAAUUCGAAGACGACGAAGUUGGCUGGGACUCGCCGUUGAUACGGCUAGAGAAUGACCUUCAUUCAUUGUCGAGGAGUCGGAGAGAACAUAUUCUGGAGGUGAGUGCCGAGAGGAGGGAUCGUAUUGCUCACAGCGAUUUUGUAGUGGCACCGGAGCAACAUCUGUCAAACAUUUGGCACAAAGCCCUGAGACAUUCGUCCGAUCUUUGCGAAAACGAGAUCACAAAGAAAAAUAUCAGUACAAGGGUUAAUGACCUGCGCAACCAGAACCUGCAACACACGAACGGACAAUGUGCGACCGGUUCUUCGCAUAUCAACGAUUCAUUUGGCCUACAGCUCACGAUCGACGAUCGACAUGACGUCAUAAACGAACGGCAGACUGCCUUUAAUGGACAGAAUCUCGUUAACGGUCACCAUAAUUCCGUCAAAGAGUGUCACACUUCGAUCAAUAACCAUUCCUGUAAAACAAAUAACGGUAUUGCAAAGAACCAAGUAAAAAUUUUGAAUACUGAGCAAUCAGAAUUCAAUAACAAAUCAGAAAAGACAUCAGAUCAAUCGAAUCAUAAAAAAAGCUAUCCGAUAAAAAAUCAUCAGAAUAACGUGGCUCAUAAAAAUGGCAUCAACCGAUUAGCAAAUGGAAAAACGACGGAACAAGAACAGCUUCAACAUGAUAACUUCAAUGUCACGACUAAUCUCCGGCAACUUCUAAGGCCGACGGUAAUUGAAAAACGGCAAGAAAGUGCCAAAGCCGAGUACGAUACAGAAGACAUUAACGGUCCGUACAACUUCAGGCAAUUGCUGAGGCCAACCGAAUACCUCCCGACAGAAUCUUUAAGAAAAAGGAAAGGAGGAAUUGUUUCCAAUGGAGUGCCACUGCCGAAGGACAAGGUUCCGGAAAAACACGUUAAGAGAAGAGCACCGUUGGCACCGGCCCAAAAUAAUGUAACCAACGCAAAAAAGUGAUAUUACUCUGUAAUUAUUGAAUAGAAAUACCUGUUGUCAAGAGAUUUAAUUUCCCAAUAAUAAAUAUAUGUAUAUACCUGUGAGAAAUCACAGUUAAUAACUAUUGUAGAAUCCUAAAAAUUUUUAGUUGAACGUGUCUAUCUGUUGUGUACAAAAGUUAAAGUUUUAUCGUUAUUGCCAUUUAUAUACGAAAGAAAAAUAAUCUAUUAUAAAACUUAAAUAUUGUUAUAGAGUAAUCAUUAAGGUGCAAAAUAUUACGUAAAAUAUAUAUAUAAAAUUACAGAAGCUGAAGCAAAUAGUUAUAUUUUGAGAACGUGUCACACUAAAUUAGACAACAAAAAUGAUAUACAUAUAGUUCAAUGUAAUAUCAUAGCAUGCGUAUUAUAUAUAUAAUGCAAAUAUUUUUCCAACAGAAAUAUAUUUUAAAAAAUGUUUAAUUCUAUUAAAAUACUUUUAUUUUACUACUUACAACUAAAACGUUUAAAGCUGUUAAAUAUAUAUUUUAGGUUUGAAUAAUUUAAUUUUAAAUCUGAACAUUGUUUAAAACUAAAAUAUUUUUAAAUUAUUUUAAAAAAGUAUAAAAGUAAAACGUUUUAAUAUCAUAAAAUUAAACAUUUUUUAGUAUAGUGCUACAUUCAGCAAAUAAAUAUAGUGCAGUUAUAUUGGAAAAUCCGAUUCUUUUAAAUGUGUGUAAUUUUGUAAUUAUAGUCUUCCUCCUGACAAAAGUACAAUGUCAUGUGCUGUGCAAAGUUGUACAAUUUAAAGAGUUUUCUUCAUAGCUGUGACUAAUUACAAGUUUUUGCAACAUCCGUAUAAAAAUAAAAACAAUGUGUUUUGUAAUUAUUUUAAAAACAUAAUUAAAGAGAUUAAACAUUUUUCUGCGAAAAUGUAUAGUAAAUUUACUUAUACAUUUGUUGCAAAAAGCAAUUACAUGAGAACUAUGUUGAACAAAUCAUAUUAAAUUCAAGUACAUUUAACUUUAUAGCAUAAUUUAUUACUUUUGUUAUAAAAAUAUGUAUGAAUUAGUACACGUCUAAAACUAGUCAUACCUAGCUUUACAUAUCAUCAUACAACAUUAUUUCUCUAAUGUAGUUAUGAAUAAAUUAAAUUCAUUAAACAUU